AUGGCAAAGCUUGGUAUAGUUUGUCUAUUGGCAUUGUCUUCCUGCCUCCCGUCCGUCCGUGGCACCCUUUAUGGCGCCUCUAGCCCAGUUACUACCCUUGAUGCGAGCUCUUUUGAUACCUCGUUACGUACUCAUGGCGUUUCGCUAGUUCAGUUCUACAGCGAGACAUGUGACUCGUGCCUUCGUUUUGCCAAGGAUUAUGAAGCUGCUGCGAAUGCCACAAGGGAUGUGGUUAGGUGUUAUGCUAUUAACGACGACUCGGUGUCUAAACGUUACAAUGUGAAAUUGUUUCCAACGUUCAAGGUGUUCCUUGGACGUGGGCCAUCCGAGCAGCCUACAUUGGCCGAUUAUACUGGUACUUUGAAUAUCCAAGAUCUAGUGACGUUCACUAUGAAACAUGUAAACAAGCACGUAAAGUCUAAGGUACCAGCUCCCAAACGCAAGGAACCCACUAAGCCUGCCGGACACCCAAUUUCUCUGACCGAGGCUGAAUUCAACAAUAAGGUUUUGAACGACACUUACAACCAAUGGUUGAUUAUGUUCUUUGCGCCAUGGUGUGGUCAUUGCAAGGCGCUUGAACCUGAGUGGCGUCGCAUGGCAACAAUCGCGGACCAGGUGAAGAUUGGUUCAGUAGACGCUACGGUGCAUUCAGCCUUAGCACAGCGUUAUGGAGUCAAAGGUUACCCAACGAUAGUUCUUUUAGCCCAGGGAUCUAAGGUACCUGCAAAAGCAAUUGAGUAUCGUGGUCCGCGUAAAGCUGAAGAUAUUUUAGCUUUCGCAAAGCGUCAUUACCGCAACAUGGGACCUCCAGUUCAUGUUGACAGUGUGUACGAUCUGAAACAAAAGUGCAGUGGCCCUCUAUGUCUCUUGUUUUUCCUCCCAGAGGAAUCGGUCGAGAUGCACGUGGACACUAUUUCUAAGGUGAUGGAGAAAAACUCAUCAUUGCCAUUUCAGUUCUGCUACACCAUUGGUGGCCGACACCCGCAGUGGGAACGUGUGCUGGGUGUAUCUUUAAUCCCUUGUUUAUUGGGUUUGAACUUAAGCAAGAAUGUCUAUUCCACGAUGCGCAAAGAGAACCUGACUUUCGAUAACGUGAAUGCUUUUGUAUCGGAGGUUUUGUCUGGACGUGUAACCGCUGAGCGCCUGUUAACAUCUCUAGAGGACGACUCCGAGAUAAGAUCAGAAUUGUGA